CGUCGUCCUCUAGGGUUUGUUUAUCGUUUCUUCUCCGAUCGUUUAAGGACUUGCAAAUUAGGAUAAAGAUGAGGCCAGUGUUCGUCGGCAAUUUCGAGUAUGAAACGCGCCAGUCGGAUUUGGAACGAUUGUUCGACAAGUAUGGGAGAGUCGAGCGAGUGGACAUGAAAUCUGGAACUUUUCUUCAAAGGAACAAGAAUUGCCAUCUUCUUCUUCUUCCUGCAAAAAACAUUUCUACAUUUUCAUGCCUGCCUUUAUCAUCUUGUGCCUACCAAUCUUCGCUGAUUCUAGAGAAACUUUGGAAUUUGUCUAUCUAUACCAAUCAGUCGAUGGUUCAGAUGGAAGUCUGUUGAAUCCAUCAUUGCCAUGCCUUGCCUUCCAUAUCUGAACUCCUCCACUCAGAAUCUUGAAGCAUUCCUUGCAAAUCACUCAGAAUUGUUUUUAUAAAAUUGGUGUUUUUAAAACAAAAUCCUGAUUUCCUGUGUUAUGCUACAAAUCUUGAUUUUCUACUACAUCAUGGAAUGCCUCUACAUCUCAUGUUCACCAGCCUUCACAUAUAUGCAGGAUAUGCUUUUGUGUACUUUGAGGAUGAACGUGAUGCUGAAGAUGCGAUUCGCAAGCUUGACAAUUUCCCUUUUGGAUAUGAGAAACGCAGAUUAUCAGUUGAAUGGGCAAAGGGUGAACGUGGCAGGCCUCGUGGUGAUGCGAAAGCCACUUCAAAUCUGAAGCCUACAAAGACACUGUUUGUCAUUAACUUUGACCCCAUUAGAACAAAAGAGCACGACAUUGAAAAGCACUUUGAGCCCUAUGGUAAGGUCAUCAACGUGCGUAUCAGACGCAACUUCUCAUUUGUUCAGUUUGAAACACAAGAAGAUGCCACAAAAGCCCUUGAAGCUACUCAAAGAAGCAAAAUAUUGGAUAGGGUUGUUUCUGUGGAGUAUGCCUUGAAGGAUGACGAUGAAAGAGAUGAUCGAUAUGGUGGUCGUAGCCCGAGAAGAUCUCUUAGUCCUGUGUACCGUAGGCGUCCAAGUCCAGAUUAUGGUAGGCGUCCAAGCCCUGAUUAUGGUAGACGUCCAAGUCCAGAUAAUGGUCGUGCACGAAGCCCAGAAUACGACAGAUACAAAGGUCCAGCAGCUUAUGAAAGACGCAGGAGUCCAGAUUAUGGACGAAGGAGUUCUGAUUAUGGUAGACAAAGGAGUCCUGGUUAUGACCGAUACAGAAGUCGUUCUCCAGUCCCAAGAGGAAGACCUUGAAGAAGAUUGAACAAUGCAGAACACAGGAGUUAUGUUGUGUUUUGAGUUAGAAGAUGCUUUUUGAUGUUUUGAAAGCCUUUGUUAACUUUGGGAUCUUAUGCUGUGUGACUUUAUAGUUUUUAGAAUUGGAAGACUUUUAUCUCAAAAUUAGUAGAAACUUCAUAAUGGCGCUUUUUUGUUACGAUAUGUUAUUAUUACUUGGUUCAUGUACC